AUGCAGAUUAAAGUCAAGACCCUUACUGGUAAAGAAAUUGCAAUCGAUAUUGAAGAAACUGAUACGGUGGCAAGAAUCAAAGAACGGGUAGAAGAAAAAGAAGGUAUUCCUCCAGCUCAGCAACGGUUAAUUCAUUGUGGUAAACAGUUGACCGAUGAAAAGACAGUUAAAGAAGCCAUUAUACGAGCCGGUGAAGUUCUUCAUCUUGUGUUAGCUCUUCGUGGUGGUGAUCUACGUUUUCAAAGUUGA